AUGGCGAAACCGAGGAAGAAGAAGAGGACACAGCCUCGCAAAGAGGAUGUUUCUGGCAAGCCCGGCCCGGGUAACCGCUCGCCGAAGAGCAUGGUCAUUCGCAUGGGCGCUGGCGACAUUGGUCCCAGUGUCACUCAACUGGCGAGAGACUUUCGAGCAGUGAUGGAACCAGAUACAGCAAGCAGGUUGAAGGAACGGAGAGCCAACAAGCUCAAAGACUACACAGCGAUGGCAGGCCCGCUGGGGGUCACACAUCUUUUCCUGUUCUCGCGAUCCAAGACAGGAAAUGUUCAUCUCAGAGUUGCCCUUGCACCCCGGGGCCCGACGCUGACCUUCCGCACUGAACGGUAUGCCUUGAGCAAGGACAUCGCAAAGGCUCAGAAACAUCCAAGAGGAGGAGGGAAAGAAUUUCUCACAGCGCCCCUCCUCGUGAUGAACAAUUUUGUGUCGCAGACUGCUGGAGAUGCGGACGCAGACCCCAUCAAGAAGCAGCUUGAGUCCUUGACCACCACCAUUUUCCAGUCAAUGUUUCCACCCAUCAGCCCCCAAACAACGCCCUUGAACUCUAUAAAGAGAAUUCUUCUGCUCAACCGCGAGACCCAGGCAGACGGAAAAUACAUCAUCAGCCUACGGCAUUACGCAAUCACCACGCGCAGGACAGGCAUUUCCAAGAGGGUGCGCCGAUUCGACCCUAGCGAGCAAAGACACAGGGAGAAGAAAACGGGCGCGCUGCCGAACCUGGGCAAGCUUGAAGACGUGGCCGACUAUAUUCUCGACCCGGCAUCGGGUGGCUACACUUCUGCAAGUGAGACUGAGCUCGAUACCGAUGCCGAAGUCGAGGUGACCCAGACGACGACACAGCGAGUUCUGAGUAAGCGCGAGCAACAGAAACAACAAAAGGGGGACCAGGAAAAGCAACAAAAGGACGCAGAAGGACGGUCGAAUGUUGAGAAGCGAGCGGUCAAACUCGUAGAACUAGGUCCGCGCAUGCGCCUGCGACUCGUCAAAGUCGAGGAAGGUGUGUGUGAGGGCCGGGUCAUGUGGAACGAGUUCGUGACCAAGUCAAAAGAAGAGGAGAAAGAACUCGACGAGAAAUGGGACAAGAGGCGCAAAGAGAAAGAGCAACGCAAAAAGGAGCAGAGGGAGAACGUUGAGCGCAAGAAGCAAUUAAAAAAGAACACCAAGGCCAACGCAGGGCAGGCGGGGGAAGGCGCUGACGACGAAGACGACGACGAGGAAGAAUGGGACAGUGACGAGCUCGAGGACUGGGACGAUCUCGACGACGCGGAAGAUCAAGAGAAUGCCGAGGAGGAAGUGGAAGACGAAGACGAUGAAGACGAGGACAUGGCGGAUUGA